UUUUUAUUUUCCUCGACAAUUUUUUUGUUAUAAAUUUUCUCCCAGUUUUUUGACAUCUUCUCUCAGAAACUCAGCAAUGGCGUCGGCGAAACUUUUCGGUUGUGCAAUUAACGUUGAACCAGAGGAAGAAGAAGGUGGUGGUGGUAGUGGUAGCUCAAUCGCCGGGGAAAUUCCUCGAUCUGGUGUCCAACCGGAUGGCGAAGCUGCGAUUUUGUCCGCCUGUUUCCCUCCGCCCAAUCAGAGGGGAAUUAAUCCAUAUUUCCGUUUCUUAGAUUCGAAUUCAGAUUCUGGAUCGGCUUCUAUGGAUUCAGAAUCCGAUCUGCAUAGCUGUUUCAUCGAUUUCUUUGAUCGAGAGUCGUACGAGGUCGAGACCGUCCGCGAUUGGGGAUUUCUCGACACGGAGGAGAAGAUAGAUUUAGGACUCGGAAUCGGGUCAGGUUCAGGGUCAGGGUCAAGCCAGCUGCGCGGUGAUUCAGGUGGGUUAGGGCUUCAAGCUACCCGGAAUAGGGAAAUUGAUUCGGGUCGGGUCGAAGUCUGUACGGCUCUAACUUCUGUUGGGGAUGAUCUCUUUCUGGAGGAAGCUGCUAUGGAUGUUACUCCUGUUUGGGAUGAAUUCUUUGGCGAUACAACCAUGGUGGGUGGUGAGGAACUUGAAUGGGAGGAUUUGCAGAACGCGAUCACCUGGGUUGAAGAACCCGUCCAAGUUAGUAUUUUCAGUCUGGAAGAAGCAGAAGAAGUAGUAGAAGGAGAAGAAGAGUUGCUUGUAGCAUCGAGGGAUGAGGAUCAAGAUCAUCAUGAUGUACAUUGGGAGGUUUCGUUACCUGUUAACAAUGUUGGUUUUUUGGAAGAAGCUGAAGAUGUUAUGGAUAUGGUAGACGACUCUGCUCUUAUGGAUUUUCAUUACGGCGUUUUUCUAGCUAGUAUAGAUGAAUAUGAUGAUGAUCAUGGAGAUUACGAUGCCAUAUUCGCACAAUCAUUCGAUCAAGAGGCUGGAAUAAACGGGAGUCCACCGGCAUCCAAAAGGGUUGUAGAUGAUCUCCCAGUUGUGGAAAUUACCACUGAAGAAUUGAGCAAAGGGGACAUUGUUUGCGCAAUCUGCAAAGAUGAAGUUGUGGUGGAGGAGAAAGUAAAGAGGCUUCCUUGUAAGCAUUACUAUCAUGGAGAGUGUAUCAUACCUUGGCUAGGGAUAAGGAAUACAUGCCCUGUUUGUAGGUAUGAGCUACCAACUGAUGAUGUUGAGUAUGAAAGGAAUAGGAGAUCACAAAGGCAUGGUAGCAGCGUUUUGGCAAGGGAUUUGAUGUCCGAGUAGAUUGAAGUAAUUGUGCUUUAUCUUCGGUGUAAUCUCUCUCUCUCUCUCUCUCUCUCUCUCUCUCUUAUCAGUAACGAUCUGUUCCUGAUUGAUAUGGUGUACAUAUUAUCUUGGUUUUAGGCAGAUUAAAAAAAGAAAAAAAAAUAUACUUUUGGAGCUUUAUCUUGUGCUAGUUAUUUAGGUUCAUUAAUCUUUUAGGCUUUGAUGACAGUUGCAGCCCCAGUUUCUUUAUGGUGGAAUUGUUUAUCCUACUUUC